AUGUCUACCUUCAACGGCCUAUUGGCCGAAUUCCCUGACAUUAGAGUCGACUACUUCCGCUCUCAUUCGAGCCUUGACCCUCCCUUGGCAUGCUUUUUGAGCCAUAUCCACAGUGAUCACCUCGCUGGCUUGGAAAGUUUUCGAUCACCCUUAGAAAUGCUUCUUCGCCUCGAGCGAUAUCCCUGCCGCAUCAACUAUGCAAAUGGCAUCUUGGAAGCCCGCAUACAGAGAUAUCGCCAUCUCAAGAACUUGCUGAAACCUCUGCCCCUGGAAACUCCGACGUCUGUUGAACUCUCGCCUGGCAACCAUAUUCAGGUGACGCUCUUUGACGCAAACCAUUGCCCUGGUGCUGUCAUGUUCCUAUUUGAGGGACAGGGCAAGGCUGUUCUGUAUACCGGUGAUAUAAGGAGCGAGCCUUGGUUUGUGAAUGCAAUUACUCGAUGCCCGUCUUUGAUCGAGUACUCUUCUGGGCUCAAGACGCUCGACAUGAUCUACCUCGAUACAUCUUUCAUCGACAACAUUGAAUUUCCAACGAAAUCUGAGGGCAUCGCUGAGUUGCUGCGGAAAGUUUUCCGAUACCCGGCCGAUACUGUGUUCCAUUUUCAGGCUUGGACGUACGGGUAUGAGGAUGUUUGGAUAGCACUCUCUAAGGCACUUAGGUCAAGGAUCCACGUGGACGAAUACAAAAUGUUGAUGUUCCGUUCCCUCGUCACCAAAGACUCGGGAAAAAAGUUUGCCCCCCAGUUACAUCUUGCUGAAGAAGCCCCAGCUUUGGUAGGCUUUAUGUGCGGCAACACGUACCAUCCGGGCUGCUUGACCCUUGACGAGAAAGUCCGACUUCAUAGCUGUGAAAAGGGCAGUUACUGCCAGACGGUACAGAAGUCGCCGGUAGUAUGGAUCCGCCCCAUCAUUACUCGUCUUCCGAAUGGCCAAGAUGUAGCUGAAGUUGGGGUCGGAGGGGGUGGGGACGACUUGGAGCGGGAGGCAGAGCUGGACUAUCUCUCACCGGCUGACAUUGACUCUGUCCUUGAGCUGCUCGGCGAUAUGCAUAAUACUACUGAUAACCUCCGAGAGCAAAUCCGUCAGUUUUUGCUGGGCGCUGUGACUAGUGGGAGGAAGGUCCCCCUUGAUCUGGCACGGUCUGCCUUUGGAGAGAACAACGAGACCGAUCUCGUCAACGGCCUGGAAGCGAUUAUCAAGGGUUUCAAAAUGCGCAAACAGCAACCUUCAGCAACUGAGUCCAGGAACUUGACUCUACCCAACACCAUCACCUUCCCAUACUCGCGUCAUUCAUCUUAUCCAGAGCUCUGCAACCUUGUCCAGGCUUUCAAACCUAGAGACGUGUGGCCAUGUACCGUGGAUGUGCCCAGAUGGCUCUUCGAAGGGAUUACAAUUGAACAUCUGUUCUCGCAGCAGUGCUCUGGAAACACAUUCCGUCAUGACGAGUUGAUGCGGGAACAGUUUGGAACACGACAAAAUCGUGUGGCUAGUGACAUUGAUAGCCAGGUUACUGUCGCCUCCGCUGCUACUACUACCCAUCGCUUGCUGGUACCGGAAGAACCAUUGUCAGCUCCUUGCAGCCAAAGUUAUCCAAUCUUGGGGGGUUUCACUGAACCUCCCGUCGACUCUCAAAUUCGAGAUUCUGGUGACUGCGGACCCGAGGAUGGGUCAGCCGGCUUUGUGGAGGUUGAUCCGGCAAGACUUCGAGACUCGCAAGGCUCGGCCAUUUCGGAUCUAGCGCUUGAAACUCGCAUGAAUGCCUUCGAGGCAGUCUUAGCAAAUGCCCAAGGCAAGGCGAACUUCGAGAUUGGAUUGUUGUCCACGACCGACAACCAUUCCAAAUUGGACGAGGAACUCACUUUCACGAGACAUAUCAGCUAA